UAAGCCCGUUCAAUUGGGCAACUAGGGCUCAGAAGAGUGAAUUCCACCAUUUCCCUCCAUUUUCAGAGUGUAUGGUGAAACUCUCCAUUUGAACUUCAAGGUGAAUUUGCUGCUCCAACUAUUUCAUUCUCCGAUCCUCUGAUGCAAUCUGUUAGGAAAUGGCUUUUAGAUCAUCAAUGUUGAAGCUCUCGUUGUUUUCUUCUUCUCCGUCGCAAUCUUUCCGUUUACGGUAUUUGAUUUCCACCUGUGCUACUCCGGCGCCGAGUAUUUUCCGGUGCUGUUCCAUUUCUACUGCUACUGAUGGUAAUAAGGUAAAGAAGGCGAAGCAGAAGAAAACAAAGAACGUUAAGGCGAGUACCGCUGUUCCGAAGUCAUCCGAGUCUUCGUCUUCGUCUUUGAAAUUGGCUUUGGUGAAGGAGAAAAGGAGGACUCGUUCCACUAAGGAGUUUGAUGAGAAAGCUGUCCAGUUCGGGGAUACUGCUGCUCACAUUCCGGUGAUGCUUGCGGAAGUAUUGGACGUGUUUUCUGCUUCUUCCGGAAGGCCGCUUCGCUCCUUUGUAGAUUGCACUGUCGGUGCUGGUGGACAUUCCUCUGCUAUAAUUCAAGCGCAUCCAGAGUUGAAAUUUUACAUGGGAAUGGACGUCGAUCCCAUUGCCCUUGAUAAGGCUCAGGAUCGGAUUAGUGAUCUUUUCUGCGAGGAUUCUGAUUUGAAAGCAUAUACCGUUCUGAAGAACUUCAAAUAUAUGAAAUCGCUACUGGCUGACUCAGAUGAGAAACCUUUAGAUCCUGGAGUUGAUGGCAUUUUGAUGGAUUUGGGCAUGUCAUCCAUGCAGGUGGAUGAUCCUGAAAGGGGAUUUAGUGUUCUUUGCGAUGGUCCUCUUGAUAUGCGAAUGGAUCCUCAGGCAAGUCUAAAAGCAGAGGACAUAUUGAACAGCUGGCCGGAAAUAGAAGUGGGGCGUGUGUUGCGGGUUUAUGGAGAAGAAAGUAACUGGUACUCACUCCAAAAUAAAAUCGUAAAAGCUCGAUCACAGGGUGGAUUGCAUACCACCAGUGAAUUAGUGGAUCUUAUCCGGAAAUCAACCCCUGGGUUCAAAGGAGGAAGGCAAGGUUGGAUAAAAACAGCAACCAGAGUAUUCCAAGCUCUGAGGAUUGCUGUGAAUGACGAACUGAAGGUAUUGGAAGAUGCGCUUUAUAGUGCUUUCGAGUGUCUGGCUCCGGGAGGUCGACUUGCAGUGAUCUCCUUCCACAGUUUGGAGGAUAGGGUUGUAAAACAAACAUUUCUGGACAUCAUUAACAACCCCAAGACGGAAGGAUGGGAUGAAGAAGAGGUGAUUAGGGUGAAUGAGGAUAAUAAUAGGGAGGAAAAAGAAGAAGAAUGGAUUAAGCAAAUAGUAAAAGGUUCAAAAGGUAGAAUACUCACAAAAAGACCAAUAACUCCAUCUGAAGAGGAAGAAAGGUUGAAUCGGCGAUGUAGGAGCGCUAAGCUGAGAGUAAUUCAGAAAAAUAAUGCAUUUUAAUGUGAUUUGGUGCUCUGCUCAGCCAAGCUUUUCAGAAGGGGAGGAGGAGGUUAGUACCUUAUACAAAAUUCUAUAUCCCCCUUAUUCAUCAUUUAAUACGUUACUUAUCUUCUCUGUUGUUUAUUAUUUCAUUUCAUUUCCUUCGAAUUUUUAUAUGGAAUUUUUCCUUUUGAGAUAUGAUAGCAUGAUUUCUUUCGUU